GUCAAAGUUAUAAAUUCAGUCCAUUCCAUUGCUGCGAACGUAAUCUAAGUUGCGAUUUUGGGUUCGAAAGGUGACAAUCCUCUGGGGCAAUAAAAGCUAGGAAUAACCCCAAAGUAACUGCAAAAAAGGAAAGGCAAAUUUUGAAUGUACAAAAUUUACUGGAAGAGUCAAAACUCCAUGUACAAGGGGGUAGACCCUAAAAUCAGGGCCUAGUCUGCAAAUGUUCUGCUAUUGUCCAUGGAUUAAAAUAUUUGGAAGGUCUUCUCAAAAUAGGCUAACACAGAGUCAAUGCAUGCAGCUUCAAUUCCUCCGCAUCAGGACAUUUGGGUCUGCAGCCUAGAAGCAAGGAGAACCCACACAUUACCUGACUCAACAAAUGCUCCUGAAGGAAGAUGAGAUUGUAUAAAUGCCUCUUAUCUUGUUGACAAAACAAGCUUCAGCAUUCUCACAAAAAUGGCAGUGUCCAAAUCCUACUCCCUCCCUCUUGCCACCUUCAUCCUAUUCUUAAGCCUCUCCUCUUCCUCUGCACACAACAAGCCCCAUAUCCAUAGACCUUACCAUGCACAUUUUAGCUGCCAAGGCAGCUUCUCCAAGGUCUACGCCUUUGGAGACUCGUACACCGACACUGGAAAUGCUUUGCGGAUGGGCGGUCUUAAGUCCUUAAUUGGUGGCUUCUUGUCUCACACCCCCUUUGGCUCUUCUGUCUUCAAUCCGCAGAAGGGCAGGUUGUGUGAUGGUCGCCUAGUUGUUGAUUUCCUCUGCGAAGCUCUCUCCCUUCCCCAGUUGCCCCCUUACAAGGAGUUUUCAGGGAAUUUCUCAUCCGGUGUGAACUUUGCAAUAGCUGGAUCAACGUGUCUUGCAGCCGAGUUCUUCAUUAAGAAGCAGAUAGCUCACAGUCUAAUGUGGAAAGGGGUACCAGAAAGCUACAGCACCCAAAUAAACUGGUAUGAUAAAUUCCUCCUGGGUAUGGAUUGCAAGGGAAAGGAUGAGAGAUCAUGCAGGGCUGAGAUGAAUAAUGCACUCUUCUGGAUAGGUGCGAUGGGCGUGAAUGACUAUGCUCGUAUUCUCGGAUCUGCCAUUUCCACUCGAUGGCUCACAGACAAGUCUGUUGGCAAUGUCUGUGACCUUGUACAGGUAUGCCCUGAAGGAGAAAAUAAAAAACCGCAUACUAUUACUCUACAAAAAUCAAUGAAAAUAGCGUUUCAGUUUCCCUCACUCUAUAAUGUUAUGCAACAUCAAUAUCAAAUAUCAAAUUCAAAAGGUCAUUCAAUACAGCUCCCAAAACUAGCCCUUUUUUCUCGUUUCUUUCUCUGCCUUCCUUUGGCAUUGCUGGAGAAGGGGGCAAAGUACAUGGUUGUUCAGGGGCUACCGCCGAUUGGAUGCCUGCCAUCAUGCUUGCAGCUAUCUCCUUCCCAUGAUCGUGAUAACCUGGGGUGCGCUUCAGGUAUCAACUCUGCAAUAAAGACUCACAAUGAACUCCUCCAAAGGAAGCUGGCGGCAUUCCAGAAGCAAUAUCCUGGCUGUAGCAUAAUCUAUGCUGAUUACUGGAAUGCAUAUCGCGCAAUACUGAUGAAUGCAACCAAAUACAAUUUUGAUGAGCCCUUCAAGACAUGUUGUGGAGCAGGUGGCGGACCAUUCAACUGUGAUUUGAACUUAAUGUGCGGUGCGCUAGGCACGUCCACCUGCAGUGACCCCAGCAAGCACAUGGUCUGGGACGGGAUACACCUCACAGAGGCCAUGUAUAAGCACUUGACAGAUUUAUUCCUCUACAAGGGCUACUGUAAACCAUCAUUUGAAGAGCUGAUUAGGAAGAAGAAACGCAUGAUGUAG